UCACAAUGCUAAGACCUUCUCUUCUCACUUUGAUAUUGGCCAGUUCUCUGACUUCUGUAACUGGCCAAUUACCAGACAUAAGGUUGGUCAAUGGUUCUGACUCAUGCUGUGGAACAGUGGAGAUCCGUUAUAAUGGCACAUGGGGAACCGUGUGUGAUGAUGACUGGGACAUGAAUGAUGCUGCUGUGGUAUGCAGACAGUUACAGUGUGGAUCAGCCAUCAGUGCACCUCAAAGUGCCGCCUUUGGUCAAGGCAGUGGAUCGAUCUGGCUGGAUGAUGUUGAAUGCUCAGGAAGUGAAGGAACCCUUACACAGUGUUCACACCAUGGAUUAGGAAAACAUAACUGUAAUCAUGGGGAAGAUGCUGGUGUUGUUUGUUCAGGUGAGCUACAGAUGCCAACAUUUUCCCUGACCUCCACACGUUCAGUUGUUUCUCAUGGAGAAAAUAUCCAGAUCAGAUGCACAACACCUAAACCAAGAUGUAAUGCUAAUGCUGAAUUCCAGCUCUUCAGAAAUGGUUUAUCUGUAUCCUCCCAAAAACAUGUAUCUAGUGUGACUUUCAGUCUUGUUAAUGUAAACGUCUCAAAUCAGGGAAGCUACAGCUGUCAAUACUCCUAUCAAAACAACAUCAAGUCGCCCUUGAGUAACACUGUUAUCAUCACUGUAGGUGAGUGAGUUUGGUCUUGUCUCAUUGCCUACAUUAUAGAUUGCAUGCAUUAGAAACGUACAAGUAAACUCAUUCUUUAAUGAUGCAUUUUUUGCAUUUGAUCAGCCCAUUUGUAAAAUGCCUGUGGAUUGAAUUUUGAUCCCAACAAGAUGCAGUUCUUGAAGUCAUUGUAGUUUAUUUGAAGAUGUUAGCUUCAUUGUUUGAGUCGCUGUAGCCAUAUAAAUAUAUUCGUCUUGAUGUGUGAGUCUAAAAACAUGCUGGACUGCUGGUAAUGAAAGUUUAACUCAAACAUGUGUGUUUCUCUUAGCCUCCCUGCUUCCUGUCAUUGGUGCUGCAGUGUCAGCUGUUCUGCUCUU